UAAUCAACACAUAUUGGGGAGGAGAGGAAGGCUUCCAGUUGACUGAACUUUAGGACUCUGCCCAAACAGAUGUCUAACUUCUUCAGUCAGUCUCAACAGACUAGUGUUAGACUUCAGUAGCAGUUUGCUGAAGCCGAAGAAAAUGCGCUUAAAGUUCCACUGGAUUUUAUUGCUAAGUCUGGCGGUGUUGUCAGCCGGAGCUGAUGACAAGGAAACGACAAAUGACUUAGCCAACGAAACCCCGACUGAUGGAAAGUUCUUAAUCUUGACCGUCGCCACUGAAGAAACCAGCGGUUACAAACGUUACCAGCGUUCGGUUAGAAUAAAUGGACUACCCGUUAAAGUUUUGGGACUUGGCGAAGAAUGGAAGGGAGGAGAUAUGGCCAAUUCAGUUGGCGGUGGCCAGAAGGUGUUGAUGCUCCGCAAAGAAGUGGAACUACAUAAAGAUGACCCGGAAAAGAUUAUUAUGUUUACGGACUCUUACGACGUUCUUUUCAAUGCCAACGAGGAGAAAAUUCUCGAACAGUUUCUUCAAUUCAACGCUCGGGUUCUUUUUUCUGCUGAAGGAUUCUGCUGGCCGGAUCCAACUCUUGCUUCCAAAUACCCAGAAGUAGAGCGUGGAAAGCGCUUCUUGAAUUCAGGAUUGUUUAUGGGCUAUGCCCCCGAAUUGCACCAGAUUCUGAAUAGCGGUGAAAUCGCCAAUGACGAUGACGAUCAAUUGUUCUACACCAAAGUCUUCCUGGACGAGAAGAAACGACAAGAGCUUAACAUUAAACUCGACCACCGUUCGGAAAUCUUCCAGAAUCUCAAUGGAGCUGUGUCUGAUGUGGAACUUCGCUUCAUUGGCACGGAAUCCCACUUACAAAACACUGUUUACAACACCGUUCCUCUCGUUAUCCAUGCAAAUGGACCUACCAAGCUUUUCCUCAAUACAUUAGGAAAUUACCUUCCCAAAAGUUGGAACUCUGAAGAAGGCUGCCUAAAUUGCUGGGAAGAUAUGAACAGUCUUGAAAAGAAAAAGCCAAAGGACUUCCCAAAAGUGGUAGUGGGAAUGUUUAUUGAAAAUCCCACUCCGUUCUUCGAAGAAUUCCUACACAAGUUCCUAGCUUUAAGCUACCCGAAAGACAAGAUCCAUCUCUACAUUCAUAACGGAGCAUCCUAUCACGGCAAGCAAAUUACCGGUUUUGUUGAAUCCCAUGGGGCUGAAUACGCAAGUGUCAAAUUGGUCAAUCACGAAGAAAACGUCAAAGAGUGGCAUGCCCGCAACACGGGAAUUGAGGAAUGCCUGAAGAAGAAGUGUGAAUACUAUUUCAACGUUGAUGCCCUAGCUCACAUUGACAACCCCCAUACACUGAAGUUGUUGAUCGAGCAGAAUCGCCCUGUUGUCGCUCCAAUGAUGAUUCGCCCAUAUCAAGCCUGGUCUAACUUUUGGGGAUCUUUGACAACGGACGGAUUCUACGCCCGUUCCAUUGACUAUAUGGAAAUCGUGAAAGGCGAACGAAGGGGCUUGUGGAAUGUUCCAUUUGUCACCAGCGUGUAUUUGGUGCGCGGAGACAUUAUUCACAACCCAAAAACCAAGCCAAGCUACAUCCAUAAUUUGUUGGACGCUGACAUGGCCUUUUGCACAAAUAUGCGCAACAACGACGUGUACCUCUUUGUUACCAAUCGUCUUGAUUGGGGCCAUUUGAUCACUGUGGACAACUUCGAGACGACUCAUUUGAACAAUGAACUGUACGAGAUUCAGAACAAUCGUUGGGAUUGGGAGAAACGUUAUCUUCAUGUGAACUACAGUCAAAACCUUAAUAUGGAGUUGAAUGUUUCUAUGCCGUGCCCGGAUGUUUACUGGUUUCCCAUGACUACGGAGCGAUUUGCCGAUGAAUUAGUUGGCGAGAUGGAAAACUUUGGCCAAUGGUCUGAUGGUACUAAUACCGAUCCACGUCUGGAAGGCGGCUACGAAAACGUACCCACGCGUGACAUUCACAUGCGCCAGAUUGGCAUGGAUCGUCACUGGCUCGCUUUCUUGCGUGACUAUGUUCGUCCAUUGCAAGAGCGAGUCUUUGAAGGAUACCAGCAUUACCCACCUCGUUCUGUUAUGAACUUUGUGGUACGCUACAGACCGGAUGAACAACCAUUUUUGAAGCCUCAUCACGAUUCAUCUACCUACACGAUCAAUCUUGCUCUCAACCGGCCCCAAAUCGAUUAUGAGGGCGGUGGUUGCAGAUUUGUGAGGUACAAUUGCAGCGUGCUGAACACUCGUAAGGGCUGGAUGUUGAUGCAUCCUGGUCGACUCACCCAUUAUCACGAGGGACUUUAUACCACCAAGGGAACUCGAUACAUUAUGAUUUCUUUUGUCGACCCCUAAACGGAACGUUGAAAUGAAGAAUUAGUCUUAACUAUUCGUGACUAUGUUUUACAAUAUUUCAAAUUUCUUUUUUUUACUUCCUUUCUUAAAUUUGAAGCCAUGCCUUAACCUAUGAUUGGCGAAACAAAUAAGGAUUGGUGUUUCUACUAUCUGUGCAAUGAAAUAAAAAUUUAAUAAAUGUGCCUUUUAAAAUG